AUGUCGCUUCCCAAGCAAUGCUGCGCCGGCGGCUCUCUACACACUGGCACUCCGACUGGCACAAUCACCAAGCUCCAUGGCCUUGACGUCUAUAUCGCCUCACCUCCAUCCAACCAACCACCGAAAGGUAUCGUCGUGAUCCUGCCCGAUAUCUUCGGCUGGACACUUCCAAAUACCCGCAUCCUAGCCGACAACUUUGCUGCAAAAGGCAAUUUCCUAGUCAUGCUACCAGACUUUAUGAACGGCAAUGUGUUUCCUCACGACCUGAUCAUUAGUAUCAAAGCACUGGAUGCUACUGGCCCGUUCGCUUGGUUUACCAAAGCAUAUCACUUUCUCAAGCUCGUCUGGCGUGGGUGGCCAUUCCUCAAGAACGACAAGGCACGUCUCGUCCGUCCACGUGUGCUGAAAUUCUUCCGGAGAUUACAACAUUCGCAUCCCGAACUCCCCGUCGGCGCAGCAGGGUAUUGCUGGGGCGGUCAAUGGGUCGUCGAUCUAUGUACGGAACGAGAUGAUGAUAGUCCGGAAGCAGUCAAACCUUUUGUGGUUUGUGGGUUCACAGCUCAUCCAUCGCGGCUGAAGCUGCCCACUGACAUCGAACCUGUUACCUAUCCUCUUUCCAUUGCGGCUGCUGGGAUUGAUCAGCAGAUCCCUGUUGCAAAAGCAAAGCAGAUCGAGGAUAUUCUGAAGGCCAAGAGCGCAAAGACGAAGGACCGUGGUGUUGAGCAUGAAUUUGUUUUGUACGAGGGCGUGCACCAUGGGUUUGCUGUCAGAGCAGACGAGAACGAAGGACACGAAAGAGAGUGUGGAAAGCAGGCAGAAGACCAAGCUAUCCGGUGGUUCACGAAAUGGUUCGAGCGUGUUGAUGAGGGCCAUCGUUCAAUGUGA